GUCGUCACGAACGAGUCAGUCGACUAUUGGAAAGACCUCGUCUCGACGUCUUUCUCGUCUUUCUCUUGCGCGUAUAUAUCUCUUUCAGACAAUAUUUAAAAGUUAUAUCUUUAAAAUGGAAAAUACGUCACAACAUAAUAACCCGCGAAUUUUUUCUUGAUAAAAAAGAUAUCAUAAGAAAACGUUUGCGAUAUAUAAAUAAGAUCAUUAAUCGUUCUACGUUAAUUCAACUCUUGAUUCAAAACGUUUCAAUUUGAGAUCAAGAUAGAGAUCAAUACCGUAAAGUGAAAUUACCGUUCGACCCUGACCAUCGUGAAAUAGGACACGAACAUUAUUUUAGUUCUUCCUCCAGCGUGUGUUUUCAUAAAUCAGGAAUAUUAAUUUUAUUGUUUUUUUUAUCUUUUUCUUACUUUUUUUUUUUUUAAUAUAAAAAAGAUCGAGGAUUGGAAAAUAAAUACAACGAAUUUUUUCGAUUCUACGUAAAAUCGAAAGGGAAUAUUUCCUUUUUUCUGUGAAAAGAAAUGACGACUAUUAUAAUAUUCCUAGGAUUAAUAGUCCUAGGUAAAUCGCAAUUGAUUUAUCCGGAUCAGUAUGAAUAUACGAAGACUUCGAUUUAUCCAGCCUAUGCUAAUAAUCAGCGACGAUCAUAUUCAGCCGAUGUCGCAUACGCUGCAUCAGCAGUACCAGCAGCACCCAUGGUAUAUUAUGCAUCAUCAGCAGCACCUAUGGUAUAUUCCGCACCAGUAGCAGCACCUGUGGCAUAUUCCGCACCAGUAGCAGCACCUGUGGCAUAUUCCGCACCAGUAGCAGCACCUGUGGCAUAUUCCGCACCAGCACCAGCAGUAGCAGCACCCGUGGCAUAUUCCGCACCAGCACCAGCACCAGCACCAGCAGCACCCGUGGAAUAUUAUGCAUCAGGAGCAGCACCUAUGAUAUAUUAUGCAGUACCACCACGAUCCAUAGCUUAUUAUCCAUCAUCGGCAUCUAUCGUAAAUCAAUUACCUAAACAACCGAAAGAAACUUUCUUAUCUCCAGCCGCAUCACAGAUAAACGUUAAUACGAUCGCACCACCGAUUUCACCUCUUGCUCAGUCACUGCCAUUAGAUUGGGCUUAUCGAGUGAAUGACAUAAUCUCGAAAGGCGUCACGAAAUUAGCUCUAAAUAUCCAAAACGUAAUAUACGCUAACAAUCUGGCAUCAGUAAAAGACGAAAAAGAUAAUAUAGUAUUCUCGCCACUUAAUAUUGCUGGAUCUCUCGCAUUAGUUCAUUUAGGAUCAGCUGGAAUAACUUUCGAAGAGGUAUCCAGAAUCCUUGGACUUGCUACGGGAGUAGACAUUUCUACGCAUUCAGAACUCGUUCAUCAAAUGUUCGGAUUAUUGAUUUCCGUAGUUCACGAGAAAGUUCUUGAAUCUACGAGGAUUAUAGACAUUGCUAGUGCAAUUUUCUUGCAGGAAGGUUUUCCAAUUCGACCAGAAUUUAGGACAAUCAGCGAAGAUGUAUACCAAAGUGCAGUAAUGAAUGUCGAUUUUCAAGAAAGAGGAAAGGAAGCACAAGACAAAAUAAACGCAUGGGUAAAAGAAAAAACAAACGGAAAGAUUUCAACUAUUUUAAAUGAUGUACCAUCAGCUGCCACGAAAGUGAUCAUAGCUUCGGCAUUAUAUUUCAAUGCCGAAUGGAAUAGAUAUUUUAUAAAGGGGGCUACUGGUAGAAAAGUAUUUUCCAUCGAACCGAACCAACAGAUCCUAGUUGAUAUGAUGUACAAUGCAGGAGAUUUUCCUUUCUACGAAGAUAAAAAUUAUGGCGUUAAAAUUGUUGGUCUACCAUAUAAAGGAUUAGAUACUACUAUGUAUAUUAUGUUACCUAAGGCAGAAGGUGCAAGAGCAUUAGGCGAAUUUGAAAGGACACUGACACCAGAGAUCAUUGAAUAUUUAAUUGAAAAUAUGCGAAAUCAAACCACUAUAAUAGGGAUGCCUAAAAUGAAGAUUACUAGUUCUUUAAAAUUAAAAAAAGUACUCGAGAGUUUAGGUUUAACAUCUCUAUUUAAUCCAGCAGCGGCAGACUUGAGUUUGUUAUCACCAGGUUCAGGAGAACUGAUUGCAAACGCAGUACCAAAUCUAGAAGCUAUAUCAUCCACGAAUUCUACCAGAUCCAAUAAAAGUUUUAAUAAUCAAAAUAGACAAUCGAACAACAGAGAUCAAUUGAUUUUCUCAAGAUUCGGUAGUGAUGUAGAUGGACAGCAGAUGUACAAAAAACAUUUAUUCAAAUAUACUGACAAUACUCGCGGUUACAAUAUCGAACAAUGGGCUACUGGAUUUAAUAUAAGAAGGCAAAGGAAACGACGUGAAAUCGAAACUGAACGAAGCGACGAUGAAGAUAACGUUAAAAGAGUUCGAAGACAAACUAGACCUAUGUCCGACGAUUUUCUCCGUAUCGUUGAAAGUAGAAAUUUUCGAUCAUUUGGAUUGGACGAUCUUAGAAAUAGCGCGACCGUAGCUAAUCCUGGUUUAUAUGCUGAUGAGGUAUUACAUAAAGUAGACAUUGAUAUUAACGAAAAGGGUACUGAAGCUGCAGCAGCAACUACAGUUGUUUUAGAAAGAGAUGGUAGACAAAAAAGGUUAUUAGCUAACAGACCCUUUCUAUUUUUCAUUAGACACAAUCCUACAAAAUUGAUAUUGUUUUGGGGUACGAUUAACACGCCUACUCCAAAUUUUCCUAAUACGUAAUCAACAAUUUUUAUUUAAUAGCGUCUAAUACUUUCGAUUAUAAUUGCAUCUAUAUAUAUAUACGUGCGUGUAAUUAGUUUUGAUAAAGUUAAAAUCUAUUAUAAACUAAGUGGAUUAAUACCUACUUAAUUGUAUUUCAUUUGCAUAUGAUACUUAUGUAAGAUACUUUUCUUUUCUUUUUUUACAUAGAACACCAAAGAAAUUUAAUUUCAAAUAUAUUUAAGAGCUUAUCAUUUAUCUACAUUAGAUUAGUUAGGGUAAAUGAAAAUAAAACAAUUAACUUUUUUAACAAAUGAGUAUGACAUUUGAAAUUCUACACUAAUAUGUACUAUGAAAAAUGCUAUGAAUGAUACGAAAUGAUACGAAUGUAUAUAAUGUCACAAGUUCAUAUGUUGUGCUAUACUAUGCUACGCUAUGCUAAUAUUAAACCCAUAGUAUAUAAAAAAAGAUGUGAUACAAUGACUUCUUCAGCUUCAAGAUAAUAUUCUUCUUACGUUAGAUUCAAUUUUAUAAAUUAAAAUGCAUUUAUUUCUGUUGCAAUAAUAUAAUAUUUCGAUCUGUACGAAUGGAGUGGAAGUAUGCGUGAAGUAACAGUGAGAAAGAAAUGAAUAAAAUAAAUUAAUUAAAACAAA